CAGAUAUUCUGGGCACUCACUGUGGUUCUGUCUGUGUCCAGUCGCAGCGUUCUUUUCUAAUAGAUACGUUCAUUGCUAGAAUUCUGCACUUUUGGCACCGCUGACUUAUUAAGAUCCUGCAGUCAGGUUAGCUCAGCUUGUUCACUCACCUCAGGAUGGACCACCAUGACUGGCAGCGGGGAAAGAGUAGAGGCCACAGGCACUAUGAUGAUGAUGAUGAGGCCCACCCAUUCUACAUUGGUGUUCCAGUUUCCCACAGACGGAAAAGGCGCAGGCACCGCUCCUCCACCAGUGAUGCUGACCGUGACUCGCGACACUUACACUAUGAUCACCAGGCACACCAUGAACCCUCACACAGACAAUAUUACCAUGACAAGGAGGAGUGCUAUAAUGACGAUGGAGGCAGCACAGGGCAGCAUGGGCACCUUGAUCCCACAGUGUCCCCUGCUGCAGAGCGUCUUCGUCACAUACUAGCUGAGGAUGACGCCACGCCAACACCAACAAUUUUCACUGAGAUGGACACGCUACAACAAGAUGGAGAAGAAUUAGAGUGGAAAGAGUCUGCCAGGUGGGUGAAGUUUGAGGAGAAGGUAGAGGAGGGAGGAGAAAGAUGGAGCAAGCCUCACGUCUCCACGCUGACCCUCCACAGCCUGUUUGAGCUCAGGACAUGUCUGCAGACAGGAAGCAUUCUGCUCGACUUGGAAGGUUACUCACUGCCACAGAUUGUGGAGGAGAUUGUGGAUCGCCAAAUAGCAGAUGGCCUCAUUCAUCCAGAUCUGAAGGAGAAGAUUAUCUUUGUGUUGCUUAGAAAGCACCGUCACCAGACCAAGAAACCAAUCCAUCGUUCACUGGCAGACAUGGGAAAGUCCUCCAACCCACCGUCUAACCGUAGUCCUCAGGUUAAUCUGACUCGUAGUACUAGUUCAGCUUCUGGGAUCCAUCGCUCCACAGAAGACCUACGCUCUCGGCAGUCAAGCAGCCUUAGCCGCCUGCAUCCUUCCCAAAGCCGAAGCAUGAAUGAUAUUUCAGACACGCCCAGCACAGACCAGCUGAAGAAUAAAUUCAUGAAGAAGAUUCCUCGUGAUGCAGAAGCUUCCAAUGUCCUGAUUGGAGAAGUGGACUUUCUGGACAAGCCGUUUGUCUCCUUUGUACGCUUGGCUCAAGCCACGACUCUGGGAGGCCUCACUGAGGUCCCUGUUCCAACCCGGUUUCUCUUCAUCCUGCUGGGUCCUCAAGGCAAAACUAAGUCCUAUAAUGAAAUCGGCAGAGCCAUUGCUACUCUGAUGGUGGAUGAUCUAUUCAGUGAUGUUGCCUACAAAGCACGGGACCGAGAUGACCUGAUUGCAGGAGUUGACGAGUUCCUGGAUGAGGUCAUUGUCCUUCCUCCAGGGGAAUGGGACCCCAAAAUACGCAUUGAACCUCCAAAGAAGGUCCCUUCAGCAGAAAUGAGGAAGUCAGUACUCAACCUAAACGAGUUGGGUCAGAUGAACGGCUCAGCUGGUGGAGCCGCUGGUGGAGAAGAUGAUGAACUUCCCAUUCAGCAUGAAUUGGGAGAGGAGCUAAAAUUCACAGGGAGAUUUUGCGGUGGAUUGUGGCUGGACAUCAAAAGGAAGAUCCCAUUUUACUGUAGUGAUAUCUAUGAUGGCUUCCAUAUCCAAUCCAUCUCUGCAGUGCUCUUUAUCUACCUGGGCUGCAUUACCAAUGCAAUUACCUUUGGUGGACUGCUGGGAGAUGCUACGGACAACUACCAGGGAGUGAUGGAGAGUUUUCUUGGCACUGCUUUAGCAGGAACCAUCUUCUGUUUGUUUGGUGGACAGCCUCUCAUCAUUCUCAGCUCAACUGGACCCAUUCUCAUCUUUGAAAAACUGCUUUACGAGUUCAGCAAGAGCAACGGCAUAGACUACAUGGAGCUCCGUUUGUGGAUCGGCCUACACUCGUGUCUGCAGUGCUUUUUGCUGGUCGUUUCAGAUGCCAGCUACAUCAUCAAAUACAUGACCCGCUUCACAGAGGAGGGUUUCUCUAGCCUCAUCUCCUUCAUCUUUAUCUCAGAUGCCAUUAAGAAGAUGGUUUCAACCUUUAAGUAUUACCCAAUCAACCGGGGCUUCAAGCCAGAUUAUGUCACAUCCUACAAGUGUGAAUGCGUGGCUCCGGACCAGGCGUCUGCUCUGGGUUUAAAUGUUUCAGCUCCUAUGUCAGAUGAUAACAUGACUCUGUUGUUUAACCUGACAGAUCUGGACUGGAGUCAGCUGAGUAAGAAAGAAUGUGUGAAGUACGGUGGUACGUUGGUGGGGAGCUCCUGUAAGUAUGUUCCUGACCUGGCCCUAAUGUCCUUCAUCCUCUUCGUCGGCACCUACUCCAUGACUGUUUCACUGAAAAAGUUCAAGUUCAGUCGCUACUUCCCUACAAAGAUGAGGAAGCUCAUCAGUGAUUUUUCCAUCUUCAUGUCAAUCAUGUCCUUUGUGGGUCUGGAUAUGUUGAUGGGUUUAGACACACCCAAACUAAUCGUUCCAACCGAGUUCAAGCCUACACGUUCUGACCGUGGUUGGUUCGUGCUUCCAUUUGGUAAAAACCCCUGGUGGUGGUACUUGGCCAGCUCUGUUCCAGCGCUCCUUGUCACCAUCCUGAUCUUCAUGGACCAGCAGAUCAGCGCAGUCAUCGUCAACCGCAAGGAAAACAAGCUGAAGAAAGGCUGUGGGUACCACUUGGACCUGUUCUGGGUGGGUGUGCUGAUGGCUCUGUGUUCCUUCAUGGGUUUGCCCUGGUAUGUUGCUGCCACCGUUAUCUCCAUCGCCCACAUCGACUCUCUGAAGAUGGAGAGCGAAUGCAGCGCCCCUGGAGAACAGCCACAGUUCCUUGGAGUCAGAGAGCAACGGCUGACUGGCAUCCUGGUGUUUGUGCUGACUGGACUCUCAGUUUUCCUCGCUCCUGUCCUUCAGUACAUCCCAAUGCCAGUCCUCUACGGAGUCUUCCUUUACAUGGGUGUGGCAUCACUUAGUGGUAUCCAGUUCUGGGAACGUAUAAAGUUGUAUCUGAUGCCACCCAAACACCAGCCAGACUUUUCCUUCCUGCGCCACGUCCCCCUGAGACGCGUCCAUCUUUUCACACUCGUUCAGAUUGUCUGUCUGGCUGUCCUCUGGAUCCUCAAAUCCACCUUCCUGGCCAUAAUCUUCCCAGUAAUGAUCCUGGGCCUGAUGGUUGUACGAAAGCUGCUGGACCUGAUGUUUUCACAACACGACUUGGCCUGGCUGGAUGACAUCCUGCCAGACAAAGACAAGAAGAAGAAAGAGGACGAGAAGAAGAAACGGAAAGAGAGAAAGACAGUGGAGCCGGAGAGCGACGAGGAGUGUUGCUGAAAAGGCACUGUAUAACACUUACUACAGUCUUCUUGUCUGUCCAUCCUAAUCUUAGAGAUCUUCUCUCCUCCUUCCACAUUUUCCUGCACUGUAGAAACAAUCUGUUUGCCUAUUCCUGCCCAUUUUGUCUUUACUUCAAUUUAGAGGAGGCUUCAGUACUCUGUAUUUUGUUACUGUUGAUGUAGCUCGCAAACUUGGAUUACUUGAAUAGAAAUACGUUUGAAGAGAUUAAUUAAAAGGCUCAAACCUGCUUUUGUCUAUGAACAAAAGGCCUACAGUUACAGGUAAAGAUGUACAAUUACAAUAUCUUCUAAAUACUUUGACCCUUUUAUUUGAAGUAAAUAUGUCAUAAUUUCUAAUAAAUCACUUUUGAUUGUAAAAAUCCACACAUGUUGAGUAUUUGGUGCAACAUUUGUGACUGAAAUGAAUGUUCUGACACACAAAUAACAAAGAUUAAAUUCUUUGACAGUAACAGAAACAUGGAGUGUAUCUGGCUCUUCUCUUAGGAAGGAAAAGUCAGUGACAGGUUUUUGUUUUUAACCUGGACCCUGUAUUUCUUUGCAUUUGGGGGAGCUGAAAAAAAAUCUUUGUGACCAGAUCAUCUCUGAGAUUAAACAUGAUAACUUCUUAAAAUGGUUCAUGCAAGAAAGAGUUUAUAUACACACAUACAAAAGUAUCCAUACUUCUUGAUGUUUUAUAUUUUUCAUUUUCUCACAAACUUCAAUCUGUCUUAUUGGGAUUUUUACUUGAGGGAGCAGCAGAAAGUCUUAAAUGAUUGUGAAGUGAAAGAAAAGUUAUGUCUUGGGAGGUUUACCUCUUUCCAUGUUCAGAUGCAGGAUUAAACAGAGCUCUUUGAGAUGUUCAAAACCUGCAAUCUUGUUUUGUAGCCUAAUUCUGCUUCAAUAUAUAUGUGACCUUUGCCCUGUGUUCCUUGGUCUGAUGCUGUUAGUCCCAACAUCACAACAUAUAUAGAAGUUAAAGGGAGACGGAAACAUUUCCAACACACUGUAUUGGCCUGAAAGAAGUGGAAAAUAUAUGGCCACCUAUUAGGAUUGUGAACAAGAUCUACAGUAUAUUGAACUGUUUCUCGGCACUCUUGUUUGCGAAGAGUUACAGUAUUGUCAGUGAGCAACCCAUGCACGAAUAGCUGUUCAUUUAUUAAAAAAUUACCAUUAAAAACAUAGUUUUGAGGACUUGGGAUUUUUAAAAUGGUGUAAAAAAAAACGUAGACAGUUUAGUUGCCACUAAUUACGGCAGGAAAAGGUUUGAGAAGUCAUAAAUUCGUGGGACUUGGAUGUAUGAGGUCGGGUGGUUCUCAACUGGCGCCUGCUCUGUCGUUGUGCCUCCACCUACACGUUCCUGUGGGUCAGGUCCCAUUUGGUCAUCAUAAUAGCACAGACAACACAAGCAAAAUGCAGGUUUCGGAUCCUGCAUGGCCGCAUUUUACUGUUAAUUUACAGUCACACCAAAAAGUAGAACCCUUUUUUAAUUUUGAGGGUAUUCAGUAUUUUGUAAUGUCUUGGUUAUUUUUGAGCCAUAUUUCAGUUUCCCCAAAUCCCUCAAUUUUGGUUUCCUCUACCUUUUAAUUAAGAUCUGCCCUGUGGUUUUGUGCUCUUAAAGUUAGAUUGAAAUAAUAUUAAUACUGGUAAAGACCAGGGGCCUCAUUUAUAUAUCUUUGCGUAUAAUCCAUUCUAAAGGUGUACAUAUGCCAAAGAAAAUAAAUCAAAUUUAUAAAACCAUGCACACUCAAGUU